GCCUGCCCUGGAGGUGGCACUGGGGGGGACAGGCUGGCACCGGGGGUCCCUGGUCCCCAGCAGCAUGGGGGGGACAAUGCUGCUGGGGGAUUUGGGGGAUACCCGGCUCUGGGGAAAGCCUGUGCCAGGCGGGGGUGCUGCCUGCACCCACCCGGAGACAGAGUCCCCCUGACACUCCCGGGGCAGGGGACAGCACGACGACGGCAUGUGACAAACAGGGGCUUGUCACCCUGUGAUGGCACGGAGGUCUCUGCUGGGACGGGGUGAACUUGGGGCAGCACAGACCGUGGAGUGGGGGUGAGCAGGAUGGCAGGUGGCUUGGUAUCGUGUUCUCGGGGGCUCCCACAUGUCCCCCCAGGAUGGGUGCAGCUACCGGCCCCUUUUUUACUCCUUGUCCAGAUAAAGUUGCGCGUGUGACGACCCCAAGAUUUGGCGGCGGUUGCACUGACCCACAAACUUUGCACCGGCGUUGCUCCAUCUCCCUCCGCGGGGACCCUGCUGAGACAUGCUCACCCCGCCAGCACCCUGGGGUGCCCCGCACCCUGCCAGGCGCCACAUGAUGCUGGUUCCUUCCCCUCCCCUGGGGAGGGCCCUGGUUUCUGCAUUGGCGCUGCCGGGUUUCACUGGAACCAGUUUAAAAGCCAGCGCUGGUGCUGGGCGAGCUGGGGCGGUGAGGAUGGGUGUUCUCCGCUGGCUCACGGCCUCUGCGCUCUGCAUCGCUGUCUGGGGACCGGACUAUGUGCUCUCCCGCCCACCCCCUCAAUUCGGCUCCAUCUACCAUGUCCGAGGUGUCAUUAACCUGCCCUACGCUGAGAUCGAGGAGCCCUUUGAAGCCUGGUACAACCUGACAGGAAACAAGAGCCGGAUCCAGUACUAUGGGGGGCAGGUGAUAACGUACCAGCUGGGAGGGGUGAAGCCCUACGGGAUGCAGUACAAGAUCACACCAGAGACCACCGAGAAGAAGGUGAACACCAGGGCAUGUUUCCAGCUGCCUGGCUCCAAGGAGGACGUGGUCAAGGCUCAGAGCGUCUUCCCCAGCAUGGACGGCUUCAAGUUCCUGCGGGAGGAGUACUACCAGGGCCGGUACUGCGCCGUCUGGCAGAAUGUCACCCGCUGGGCGCAGAAGAAGAACGUCUACACCCUGUGGGUGACCAACUCCAGCUGCGGGGUGGCCCCCGUCCACUACGAGAUGCGGGGUUACAACAGCCUGCUGGGGUCACACUAUGACAAGUACGAGAUUGCAUACACAGAAUUCGACAACAGCUUCCCCCCCUCCAUCUUCGACCUCCCCAUCAAUGAGACGAAGAAGUGUGGGGACCUGCCGGGGAGCACAGCGGAGCACCGGGUGCUGGCGAACCCCAUGGAGGACCUGGUGGGACGGCACCAGCCAUGGGCUCACGAGGCUUUCCACCAGUACCGCAGGCAGCUGGGGCGGCGAUAUGGCUCCGCACGGGAGCUGGAGCACAGGCAGAGCAUCUUCGUGCACAACAUGAGGUUCGUGCACUCUCGGAACCGCGCCGCGCUCUCCUACACGCUGGCGCUGAACCACCUGGCCGACCGCACGCCCCAGGAACUGGCCGCCCUGCGGGGCCGCCGGCGCAGCGGGGACCCCAACAACGGGCAGCCCUUCCCCAGUGAGCUCUACAGCGGCCUCAUCCUGCCCGAGAGCCUGGACUGGCGCAUGUACGGCGCCGUGACCCCCGUGAAGGACCAGGCCGUCUGCGGGUCCUGCUGGAGCUUCGCUACGGCGGGUGCGAUGGAGGGUGCCCUGUUCCUCAAGUCCUCAUUGACUGUGCCUGGGGCUUCGGGAACUACGGCUGUGACGGCGGUGAGGAGUGGCGAGCCUACGAGUGGAUCAAGAAACACGGUGGCAUCGCCACCACCGAGUCCUAUGGCACCUACAAGGGACAGAAUGGCUUGUGCCACUACAACCAGUCUGAGAUGCUGGCCAAGAUCACAGGCUACGUCAACGUCACCUCAGGCAACAUCACAGCGGUCAAAGCUGCCAUCUACAAGCACGGCCCCGUGGCCGUCAGCAUCGACGCCUCCCACAAGACCUUCUCCUUCUACUCCAACGGCAUCUACUAUGAGCCCAAAUGCGCAAACAAGUCAGGAUCGCUGGACCACGCGGUUCUGGCCGUGGGCUACGGAGUCCUGCAGGGAGAGACCUACUGGCUCAUCAAGAACUCCUGGUCCACGUACUGGGGCAAUGACGGCUACAUCCUCAUGGCCAUGAGGGACAACAACUGCGGUGUGGCCACCGAAGCCACUUACCCCAUCCUGGCCUGAAGAAUCUCUUGGCUCUGUGGGGACAGCCCUUGGUGAUGGUCUCAGCGCCCAUCCCUGGACCAGCCCCUUUGGUGGGACACCUUGCGCAGGAGGAUGCUGGGGACGUGUUGGGACAGGGCUGUAGGGACCCAGCUGUGAGUUUGCUAAUAAACCCCUGGAAAAAGA